AGCAUUACAGCACCCACCUCAACUACUUCGUUUAAUCAAAAUCAAAACAAGAUAAAAAUUCAUAGAAAUGGCUUUCAAAUUCGUUGUACUCUCAGCACUUUUGGCUGUUGCCAGCGCCGGUGUAUUGCAGCCCGUCACCUACGCUCAUGUCGCUAAUCCCGCGGUAGAUGCCGUUGCCUCCAGCCACCAGAACGUGGUUCGCACCUUCGAUGGCACUGUAUCACAGUACUCGAAAACCAUUGAAACUCCUUACUCCAGCGUACACAAAUCGGACAGCCGCGUCAGCAAUAAUGUAUACACACCAGCCAUUGCCAAAACUGUUGCCUAUGCUGCACCAGCUCCAACUGCUCUCUACACACAUUCCGUUCCAACUGUUGCCAAGCCUGUUGCCUACGCUGCUCCAGCUGUUGCCAAGACCGUAACAUAUGCUGCUCCAGCUCCUGUGUAUCAUCAUGAAGUGCCAGUUGCUAAAGCUGUAUCUUAUGCUGCUCCAGCGCCCACACCUGCUUUAUACACUCACGCCGCACCCAUUGUAAGCAAAACUGUUUAUGCGCCAGCUCACGCCCACGCCGUUGUUGCUGCUCCAGCUGUCGCCAAGACCGUAACAUAUGCUGCUCCCGCUCCAGUUUACCAUCAUGCAGCUCCUGUGGCCACCACCAACUACAACCAUGGAUCUGCGGUGACUACCUACACUCAUAAUGCUCCUGGCUUGUCCGGCUAUGGUUCCAGCCAGACAGUGCACUACUCUCCAGCUGAGACCGCAUCGCACAUGAGCUUCGAUGGUUUCGGUACCCACUGGGGUUGGUAAAUAAUUUAUUUCC